AGCCCCACAGCUUCCUGAGCGCGACUGCGCCACCGUCCCCACCUGCGAGGCCCGCGCGGUUCUCCCACGGCUCUCCCUGCUGGUGGCCGCGGGCCGCGUCCUGGAUCCCGCUUGCUCCUUGGUACCAGCCAGUGAGGGUCACGGUCAGACAGGAGGGCGGGCAGCGGGGGUCCUGGGGGCGCCGGGCUCUGGGCUAUGCGUGUCCCUGCUGGAGCCCCACGAAGGAUGCCCGGGGCCACCCCUGAGGGCGCGUGGGCCAGGCCCGCGUCCCGGAUCCGGCAUGCGGCCCGCUGGGAAUGCAGAGCGUCACCUUCGACCCCUCCAGGGCUGCCCGUGGCCUGAGCAGGAUGGUGCCCUCCAACCCAGCAGUGGAGAAGCAGGUGCCCAUGGAGCCCGGGCCUGACCUCGAGCUCCGGUCCUGGCGGCGCCUGGUGUGCUACCUCUGCUUCUACGGCUUCAUGGCGCAGAUCCGGCCCGGAGAGAGCUUCAUCACACCCUACCUCCUGGGGCCGGACAAGAACUUCACUCGGAAGCAGGUCACCAACGAGAUCACGCCGGUGCUGCCCUACUCCUACCUGGCCGUGCUGGUGCCCAUGUUCCUGCUCACCGACUACCUACGCUACACGCCGGUGCUGCUACUGCAGGGCCUGAGCUACGUGUCGGUGUGGCUGCUGCUGCUGCUGGGCCGCUCCGUGGCGCACAUGCAGCUCAUGGAGCUCUUCUACAGCGUCACCAUGGCCGCGCGCAUCGCCUACUCCUCCUACAUCUUCUCGCUGGUGCAGCCCGCGCGCUACCAGCGUGUGGCCAGCUACUCCCGCGCCGCGGUGCUGCUGGGCGUCUUCAGCAGCUCGGUGCUGGGCCAGCUGCUGGUCACCGCCGGCGGGGUCUCCUUCUCCACGCUCAACUACAUCUCGCUGGCCUUCCUCACCUUCAGCGUGGUCCUCGCCCUCUUCCUCAAGCGCCCCAAGCGCAGCCUCUUCUUCAACCGCGGCACCGCGGGCCGUGAACCCUCGGCCUCCGCCUCGGAGCUGGAGCGCAUGAACCCCGGCGCAGGCGGGAAGCUGGGGCGCGCGCUGCGGGCGGCUUGCGCGGACUCGGUGCUGGCGCGCAUGCUGCGGGAGCUGGGGGUCAGCCUGCGGCGGCCGCAGCUGCGCCUCUGGUCCCUCUGGUGGGUCUUCAACUCCGCCGGGUACUACCUGGUCGUCUACUACGUGCACAUCCUGUGGAACGAGGUGGACCCCACCACCAACAGCGCGCGGGUCUACAACGGCGCGGCCGACGCCGCCUCCACGCUGCUGGGUGCCAUCACGUCCUUCGCCGCGGGCUUCGUGAAGAUCCGCUGGGCGCGAUGGUCUAAGCUGCUCAUCGCGGGCGUCACGGUCACGCAGGCGGGGCUGGUCUUCUUUCUGUCGCACACGCGCCACAUCUGGCUGUGCUACGCGGCCUUCGUGCUUUUCCGCGGCUCCUACCAGUUCCUCGUGCCCAUCGCCACCUUUCAGAUUGCGGUUUCUCUGUCUAAAGAACUCUGUGCCCUGGUCUUCGGGGUCAACACAUUCUUUGCCACCAUUGUCAAGACCGUCAUCACCUUCAUCGUCUCAGACAUCCGGGGCCUGGGCCUCCCCGUCCGCCAGCAGUUCCAGUUAUACUCUGUGUACUUCCUGCUCCUGUCCAUCAUCUACUUCCUGGGGGCCGUGCUGGAUGGCGUGCGGCACUGCCAGCGGGGACGCCACCAGCCGCUGCCCCUGGCCCAGGACCUGAGGAGUCCCGCGGAGGAGAAGGCUACGCUGGCGCUGAGCGUGCAGGACAAGGACCUCAGAAGCCUGCCACCAGCCCAGAGCCCGAGGCUCUCCCCAGAAGACGGCCUGGGGGCUACGGGGCCGGGCUCUGGGGAGCAGAGACAGAGCGACCUAGCCCCGGCCCCACAGGCGGCUGGAUUCCUGAGCCUAGUGCCAGCCCCUUCCGCCUACACUCCGGGCGCCGCCCAAGCCUCAGGCCCUGACUGCACUGAGACAUGUCCCCAGCCGGCUGUCCCUCCUCCUGGCAUCAGCACACUGGGUUUGCAGCGUCGUUUCAGUGUCAGCGUUCAGAAUGUGAGCCAGUGACUCUGGGGGAGCCCUGUGGUAACUUUGCAGGUGGCCCUCAGUGCACCCCCGUGACCCCCACCUCGAGGGCCGCCUGCCUUAGCCAUGGGGGCCUCCGCUUGUCCUGCUGGCAGGGCCCCUAGGACUCCCCCCUGCCCUGUGUUGCACUCUAGUGGUGGCUGCAGCCUCCUGGCGACACUCAGGGUGGCCAUGCUGUCCCCGUGCUGUGCCCUGCUGGCUUUGGUUGCUGGAAGAGGUGGGUGGUGGGCUCCUGUGUCCACCAGGCCUUAUUGGCUCACGCCCUUGGGAAGCCUGAGACAAAUCCUCUCUGUCCCCCAGGGCUGGCGAAGUAGCCUUAGACAGCAGCUCAGGGGACACUGGCCCCACAGAAGUUGUGAGCCCUCUAGGACAGGGUGGGAGCGUGGAGCCCCCAGCAUAGCUGAGCUGUGACAUGCUUGGUGCUUUUGCUUUUUGAAAUAUGCUCUGCUUUUUUUUAACUGACAGAACGAAGAACUGCAUGGGGCUUCUCUGUCUCUGUGGGAAAGCUGUCUCAGGUUGGUGGC